AUGAUAGGAAACAAGGAGGAAGCUUUUGAAUGCUUCAAUUUAGCUUUGAAAUACAUGAAUAUAGGAAAUUAUAAUCAUGCAAAAAAAUUAUUUCUAAAGGCAAAAAGAAUGUUUCCGGAUAUAGAAAUAAAUGAUAAACUAAAAAUAUGUGAAGAAGAAUUAAAAAAAACUGAAAAUAUAGGAACGGAAAAAGUAACAUAUAACAAUAAUAUAUAUGGAGAAAAUCAAAAUAAAUUACAUGAGCGUCAUAAAAAAAAAGAUGAUUUAAUGGAAAAAAUUUUAAAGUCAAAUAAUUAUUAUGAAAUUUUAGGUAUACCAAAAAAUAGCACUGAUGAAACUAUUAGAAGCGCAUAUAAAAAAUUAGCUAAGUUAUAUCAUCCAGACAAAAAUAAAGAAAAAGGAGCAGAAGAAGCUUUUAAAAAAGUUUCAAAAGCAUUUCAACAUUUAAUAAAUAAAGAAAAAAGAUAUGAAUAUGAUAAUAAUUCAGAGGAAGAUCUGCAACAAAGUUUUAGAACAGCUCAUUAUUAUUAUAAUGAUGAUUCAUUUACACCUGAAGACCUUUUUCGUAAUUUUUUUGGAAUAAAUUUUGCUACAUGUAACAAUAGAACUUUCAGAACCAAUAUCAACUUAAAUAGAAAUUAUAAUACUAAUAAUAAUAAUGUCAGUAAUAGUCAAAGAAAUUAUUCAUUAGUUCAGAUUUUAAUAUUUUUAAUAAUGUUUAUUAUUUUUUUUUUAUCGAGCCAUUUUGAACAACCUAAAGCAGUUUAUUCUCUUCAAAAAACAAGUUAUUUUGACACAAUAAAUUACACUACAUUAAAUAAAAUUCGUUUUUAUACAAAGAAAACUUUUAAUUAUACCUAUCCUAGAAAUAGUGAUUCACGUUUUCAAAUUGAAUAUGAAGUGGAAUAUAAGUAUUAUGAGCAUGAGUGCUUCAUUUUGUCAAAAAAAAUAAAAAAUGAUUACUACAGAGAAAAAUCCCAAUAUCAUCAAAAAUUAAAUUAUCAAGAGAUUCCGGAAAGUUGCAUAAAGCUAAAAACAUUGGAAGCUCAAUAUAAUAAUUAUAUUUUAAAAUUAAAAAAGCGAUAA